CAGCGCCGCGGGGCCCCGCGCUGCGGUUUCGCUAUGCAAAGCCGCCUCUCCGCGCUGCUGCUGGGCCGGCGCUGCGCCUACAUCGAGGAACCGCUGCGGCGGGCGGAAGAAAACAGCCAUUUACGGAUUGUUGUUAAUUGUUUAAUUGUUCCUUUCCAGCUGUCCUUCCUCCUCCCGCUCCUCGCAGUCCCUCAGGCGGCCGGUAAAGGACCAGCCCCGGCGGCGCCUUCCCGCAGCGAGGCCGCAGCCCCGACGGGCGCCGGCUUCAGGCUGGGCUGCGGGGCGGGCAAGGCCCUGCCGUUCCACCCCCUACCCCCGAUUUCCCCUUCGGAGGGCGCUUUCCUGCCCCCUCGGCACUCGGUUGGCGGCGGAGGCAGCACCGGCCCCGCGGGACCCCCUCGACGGGGCAGUCGCGAGUAACAAAGGAACGCGUCCCCUUUAAAAACCUCCUCCAGCCCUUUCCCACGUGGUGCAAGGCAGGGGCGGGGAUUCCGCGAGGCGUCACUUCCGUUUCUCUAGUGGCGGAGGGGACCCGCGCGCGAAGCAGGACAAUGCCUAAGUCAAAGGAACUUGUGUCAUCAAGCUCAUCUGCCAGUGAUUCAGAUAGUGAAGUUGACAAAAAGGCAAAGAGGAAAAAGCAAGCAGCUCCAGAAAAGCCUGUAAAGAAACAAAAGACUGGUGAAAGUUCAAAAGGUGCAGCUUCUUCUAAGCAAAGCAGUAGCAGAGACGAAAAUAUGUUUCAGAUUGGCAAAAUGAGAUAUGUCAGUGUUCGUGACUUUAAAGGGAAAGUUUUAAUUGAUAUUAGAGAAUAUUGGAUGGAUCAAGAAGGUGAAAUGAAGCCUGGCAGAAAAGGUAUUUCUUUAAAUCCAGAACAAUGGAACCAGCUGAAGGAACAGAUUUCUGAUAUUGAUGAUGCAGUAAGAAAACUGUAAAGACAGAGCCAUACAGAAACAUUUAUCACUUUAGUUGUUAUAAGCAGUCUUUUUACAUUGGCUUUAGUUUUCUAAAACAUUGUUUUCCAAGCUAUUGUAUAUUUGGAUUGCAAAACAAUUUGUAAGAUGAAUACUUUUUUUAUGUGCAUUAAAAGUGUAUUUUGAGUGAGGCUAUUUGUGUAUACUUUACUAAAAGGAAAUGUGUUGCUUUCACCUCAUGGUGUAAAAUAAACAAAUCAAAUAAUAUGUAAAGGAUACUUGUUUAUGGCCUUUUGAUUGAAGGUAUUUGCUAAUGAGGCCACGUAAUAGCUUUAGUCUUUAUUUUAGUUUCAGUUUAGUUAGCAGUUAAUAUGAAUUUGUUUUCUGAGGACAUUUCUUAAAAUGUCUCCAUUUAAUUUUUUCUUUUAUUUCAUACUCCUUGGUAUUGCCCUGACAGCUUUCUGCUUUAAGACUUGAUACAAACAGUGAAUACUUGGUAAAACACAUUUUUGUAGAUAAUUUUCAAUACGAUAUUUGCUAAUUUACCCUAUUUAUUCAGAUGUAAACAGUCCUGAGUAUAGACUUUUUGCAUUACUUGCAUGAAGUGUUAUGCUAAACAAUAACACUUGAACACAAGCCACAUGCUAUUUCUUCUAAUUUUUUCUCUACCUUGCUUGACUUAGAAAAUAAAAUUAGACUUUUUUCUUGGACCCUAGAUUUUAGAAUGUGAUGCAGAAACUUUUACAGUAAUAGACAUAUACCUCAGAGUAAGAUAGUAUUAAAAAGCUCCAAAUGUGGUUAUUAGGUACCCUUUUCAAGCUUUGCAUUAAAUUCAUUCUUGAACACACUAACUAGUUACCUACAGAAAAGAACAGUUAACCUGUAUUCAUAGGGCUCUUGUUCAUUUGAGGGUAUUGCAUAAACAACAAUGCUUGAACUAGGCUGUAACACAGGUUAACAGCCAAACAGUAUUAAAACUGCCUCAACCAAAAUGGUCUGGCUACCAUAGAAUCAUAGGCCGGUUUGGGUUGGAAGGGGCAUUAAAGAUCACCUUGUUCCAACCCCCCUACAUGGUCAGGGGCACCUUCCGCUAAACCAGUUUGCUCUGUGCCCUGUCCAGCCUGGCCAUGAACACUGCCAGGGAUGGAGCAUUCACUCUGUCCACACUGCCUGCCCAAACCACUUGGCUUGCUUUGUGUGGCUUACAUGUGCACAGCUGGUUUAUCUUUUGUACAGAAGAUACUUGGUGCUUACAGCGGAGCGCUGGUACAUAGUGCAUCAUGACUCUAGUGAACUUUGCUAUCAACCAUUGUACUGCUCUGAUAAGAAGAGCUUCUGUCCAGUGGAAGCUCUGUUAGACCAGGUGCUGCCCCAGUUGAAGGGCUUCCUGAUAACUGUCACAAACAAUGGGAUGAAGAAGGGAGAAUAUGAUGUUGGAGUAGAACUUGGAGAGAUAAGGGGCACACCAGUACAGAAGUUAAUGGUGAAAGAUCAAAGUUAGCUGACAUAAUACCUACAGUGAAGACAUGUACAUAAGCAGAAUUGGAAGAGAGUUUAUUUUCUGACUUAAUUCAGUUAAUUGAAGGAAGAAGAUGAAACCACUUCAUGAGAAUUGACAUUUCAAGACUACAUAGUGAAUGUACAACUUAAUUGGUUUGGCUGCAAUUUUCCUAUUUGAUGUUAAAUUUAAUGUAGUUUUCAAAUUUUGUAGCCAGGAUUUAGUAUUUGUUUGAUUUUGGAAUAUCUUAAUAUAAUUGUUUAUAUUGCAAUCAUGCAUGGAUGUGCAUACACAGACUGUUCCUGUGCUGCAGUUCGUAAUUCAAUGCAAAUAUUUGUCGAGAGUGAGGAAGGGUGACUUCAUCAAAUUAAAUAUAUGUUAUUAAAUUUAAAUAUUAGGUCGGAUACCUACACCUGCUUUUUAACUUACCCAUUGUUGGCAUAUUAUGUGGGAAGUUAAGAUCUUUUGUUUAGUUUUAAGUUAAGUUUUUGUAGAGCUCAGGAAAUCUGAGUUUUUAAGAACAGCUUGAGGAUGAAUAAAAGGGUGAAGAGGUGUUUCAUGGGAGCAAAUGCAUUUUUGGGCACAACAUUAUUUUUUGAGUGACUCUCAAAUGUAGGGAUCUUUGGACCAAAUAGAACAAAUACAAAAUACAUACUAAAAUUUCACAGAUGAGUGAAUGAAAUAAAUUGCUUCAGAUCACUAUCUACAGGUUCUAGGCAUUUUAUUAUUUGCAGUAUGUACUCGUGGGGUUUUUUUCUUUAAAUUGGAAAUUUUGCUACCAGGUUUCACCCAUUUUACCUCAAUAUCACGUGACUACUUCAAACUGCAUGAUUAUAUUAGAGGGAAUGUUGUCCUCAGUUUGAUUGCUGUGGUGGCAGGUCAUUGGAUGCCAGCUGUAUAUCAAAGAAUAUGAUUGUAUUCAGGAAGGUGGAGAAUUAAAUUCAUUCAAUUGAGGGUGAGUAAGUGAAAAGCUUUUAGUAUCGUAAUUGGUAGUGAUUUGUCAUGAAAUUGACUACUGGCUGUAGUCUUUCUAAUUUGAGAAGAAAAUUCAGAUUUUCUUGAAUAAAGACUAUUUUCUUGCAGACAAUGGUAGUUAGGGACAUGCAGAGGAAGAUGGUGCAUGUGUGAAAAGGCUGUGUAGUAAGAAAUAAAAACACUGCUCCUUUUCCCAUUAAGGUGACAAAAGAAAGAUGCAUUUGGUUCCUGAUAUUUAUGUGAGGCAUAUUAGCAAUAUGUUUUACAAGUUUAAUCUAUUGUGGAGCUUAGGAGGGAAAUUCAUCACACUUAGAGCUGCCAAAGUACCGUAUGUGUGAUGUAUCGAACUGUCAUGUACAAUGUUGCUCUUUUGUAGAGAUGUUCAUAUUGAAAUUAAACAAAUGCAGUACUAAGUUUGAUAUUUCUGUUACAGGAAAUGAUCCAGUUACGUACUUCUUAUGUGAUCUGUUAGCAAAAAAAUGAUUAUUGUACUUCUGGUAACACAUACGUCAUUGUUAACCAUGUGGAAUGUUUCAUGUUUUGCUCUGGUGGUAUCUACUGCAGAGAGGCCACCGGGAAUAUGAGCCCUCCAACUGUAAUUACCUUAAUGUUCAAAUAAAAAAUAGUUAAAUGGCAUACAUGUAAUAACAACUUGGAACACGUGGAAAUAAAUGAAGACUUCCGUUGA